CCCUAGAAAGUCUUUGUCAAGGGACACCACACUGUAUUAACAAGCUCAACAUGGCUUCGUCACGAAAGAAACGUGUUGUUGAUGAAACGGCAUCAGACUGCGACGAAGUUGCCGAGGAUAUGAGUGACGAAGAUACUGACGAAAGCGAAAAUGAAUUUAUGAAUCAGGAAGUUCAGGUGGAAUUUGAAGCUUGUAUGCCACAGGAUUCAGACUUCGCAGGUAUAAAAACUUUGCUACGACAGUUGUUUCUUAAAGCAAAUGUCAACUUGUCAGAGUUGGCAGACAUGAUCAUUUCACAGAACUAUGUUGGCAGUGUUAUCAAGCAAAUAGAUGCAGAGGAAGAAGAUGAUAGUUCCAUGGAUGAUGACAGUGGUGAUACUGUGUUUGGUCUUGUAACCAUUAUCAAUCUUGCAGAUAAGAAGGAUAAAGACUGCAUACAAAAGAUCAUAUCGAUGUUGACAUCAAAGAGCAAAUCUGUCAGCCCCCAAGAUGGGCAGAAGAUAGAAGAGCUCUUCAGCAAUCCAAAUGAAACAGUUGGCCUUCUCAUCAAUGAACGUUUCAUCAAUAUACCUUAUCAGAUCACCCUUCCUGCUAUGCAGUCCCUCAGAAAGGAUAUUGAAAAAGCCAACAAAAAGCAAAUGCCUUUUACAUUUACAAAAAUUCUGCUCCUAUGCAAGACAUAUAGAUACAAGAUUGAGGAUAAGGGGCAAGUACCAUCAUUGUUCUUUUCCAAUCCAGAGGAGGAAUUUUUGGUAGAGAUGAGUGACCUGAGUGUGACCUGGUCUGUGGCAUCUGAGCGAGAUGGUGUGUCUGAGAAAAAGUGGGAUGAAGAUGACAUGGAGGCCACAAGGACGGUUCUAGUUCUUGGAGUGGACAAACUUGACUCUUUCAUUGAAAGACUAAAAAGUGAAUUGGCCCAAUAGGUUUUCUUUAAAGUAAAGCAACUUUUGACCUUUGGUUUGGUUGCUUGUAUGUGUGUAUGCUUUUUUUAAAAAUUAUAUGAAGGUUUUGACUCAAAGAAUAGGAAAAAGGAAUGUAGCAAGCAACAAAGGUGCAGCAUUUAAAUAGGACAGUCAAUUUCAUAGCUUAAACUGGGGAGAAGUGACAAGCUACUGUAUUUAUAAAUAGGGGAAAUACUAUAAUUAUAAAAAUUUUAAAGCUUUAAAUGAUGUUGAUUUUAAUUAAAAUAUAUGAAUUUAUGACUUUCAUUUUCUGAAAAUAUGGUCUAUGUAAAUAUUUUUGCAAGAAAAGAAAGCCUGUGAAAUAAAGAGGUUUAAACACAGA